AUGGCUUUGCAAAACUUGGAAGUUGCUCGGGUUGCAGCAGAAAAUGCCAGAGUGUCAUCUGAGAACACUCAGAGACAAUUUGUGGAGGUUCUUACUAGUGGCAGAGCUACAGCAAGCCCUUCUUCCUCUUCUACUGCUGCUCGACCACAGGAGUGGAGCUUAGAAAGUUUCCUUCAACAUCACCCGGCCAAGUUCAAUGGCCAAUGCACACCAGAUGAAGCAGACCAGUGGUUCCACGACAUGGAGAGGAUUUAUAAUGCAAAGAGGUGUCCGGAGGAUAGCAGGCUAGCAUUCACCGAGUACCUUCUGACUGGAGAGGUCAGUCAUUGGUGGAGCAGCUUAUGGAUGAUCCUGGAAGAGAGUAGGACUCCGAUCACUUGGGAGUUGUUCAGGCAGAAAUUCUACAGGGAAUAUUUCCCUGAUAGUGUAAUAUUUGCAAAGGAGGUUGAGUUCUUGGAGCUGACUCAGGGGAAUAUGUAUUUGUCUAAGUAUGUUGAUCGUUUCAAGCAUCUUCUCAGAUUUAACACCAUGGCGGUUGAUGAAGAUUGGCAGUGUCACAAGUUUGAGAAUGGCCUGAGGGGUGAUGUAAAACUGAUGGUGAUGGGGCUAAGUAUUAGAGAUUUUCCUACACUGGUGGAGAAGGCCAGAUCUUUAGAGAAGGCAAAAUUGGAGGUUGAGAGUCAACAAAAGCAAUCUCAGAGAGUUGGAGGGUCGAUUACCUCUAGGGGUGGAUCUAACUUUAGGAGGACCCCAUAUUUUAGACCACCUUCUCUUAGUUUUGGUGGAUCAUCUUCUUCUUCACAUUCAUCAGGACAGCAGAGUAACCUGAUCAUGGGUAACUGUUUGCUGAAUGAGAAAGUUUGUGUCGUACUGUAUGAUUCUGGAGCGACACACUCCUUUGUGUCACAAUCUUGCGCUGAGGAGUUGGGGUUGUCAGUGAGAGAGCUACAGUGUGAUUUAACUGUAUCUACUCCCACUUCUGGGUUGGUGAAAACGUCCACUGUGUGUGUUAGAUGCUCAGUGAUAGUUGAGGGGCGCAGCUUCAAGAAGAAGUUGGUGUUUCCAAGUGAUCUGAUGGAGAUGUCCUUGCCUCUUGGUGUGCUAAGGCAAGACAUAAUAGAAGGUGCAAGCUGUUUCUUGAUAAUGUCGCAUGUUGAAGUGAACCAAGACUCAGACUCUUUGAGUCAAGAAACUUCUGGUGCAAAUCUACCGGUAGUCAAUGAGUUUCUUGAUGUAUUUCCUGAAGAAAUACCUAGUCUGCCUCCUCCGAGGGAGGUGGAAUUCUCCAUUGAUUUACGGACAAGUUUAAUAAUCCAUCAAACUUAUGAAAGAUGA